CAGAGUUAGACAUCUCAUAAUAAAAUCAAGAUGAAGAUAAUUUUAUUAAAUUUGCUCCUUUGUUGCUUCGUUAAUUCUGUAAUUUCCUACUAUUGUUACUGGAAUACGGGAUGUCCAUACAAAUAUUUAUCGAGUGAAACGCCUUAUAAUUUAGUAAGAGGUGAUAUACGCGACUCAGUAGUCAAAUUAGAAGGUUGUGAACCUGUAAGUGUCUGGGGAAUAUACAGACAUGGUAAAACAUAUCCCGAUCUGACUACCGGUAGAGCUAUGAAAGAAGCAGUAUCUCUUAGAAAAUACAUAUUUUCGAGUUACGAAAAGGGACACAGUUCAUUAUGCGCUCAAGAUGUGGAAAAUUUACGCAAUUGGGAAUUUGACGGCAAAAUGUUUGAGAACAAGGAGGAUAUAACUGAUGAGGGUCGCAAAGAAAUGCUAUUUCUGGGGAAACGCUUAAGGGAAGCGUUCCCUGAUAUUUUGAAUGAUGUACAAACAAGUACUUCAACAUUUAGAUCUGCGAAUGGCAAAUGGUUCGAAAAUAGUUUAAAGGAAUUUGUCAAAGGAUUGGGACUUAAAAAUGUCGCCAUUGAUAAGCCCAAAACGGGAUAUGAUGAUAUUGCUCCGUCAGCUACUAGUGAAAAGUCUACGAAAAAUAAUGUGGUCUUGGACGUAGAAAUGAGUAAAUAUCUAAACACAUCAGACUAUCUUGUUGUUAAGGAUCGUAUUCAGCGUCGAACCGGGAUCGAUUAUGUUCUCACAGAUGACAACGUUACGGCUUUGUAUAAUCUGUGUCGCUACACGUGGUCGGGGAUCGACGGCAAGGCGAGUCCCUGGUGUGCACUCUUCACGAAAGACGACUUGCAAGUUUUGGAAUAUGAAGAAGACUUGAGACAUUUCUAUUCAAAUGGUUACGGAUCUCCCGUCAGCGCACUUUUGGGAGGUGUGCCUUUGGCGGACCUUUUUGGAAAUUUCGAGAAGGUCAAACUCGGGGAAGGGAAGAAGUUCGUGUCGUAUGUUACUUAUACAGAUACUCUAGAACAAAUUUACACCGCGCUUGGUCUGUUUAAAGAUAACAGCCCGUUAACAGGCACACAAAGAGACCCAGAGAGAAAAUGGAGGACCAGUGUUAUGUCCGUGUAUUCAGGAAAUUUCUUAGCAGUAUUACACAGAUGUAAAAGUGAAAGCCAGGAAGAUGACUACAGCGUUGUUUUCUACAUGAACGAGGAGCCUAUAAGAUCGUUAUGUGGAGACGGCGUGUGUUCUUGGCAGGAAUUGAAGUCGAAAACAAAUUGAACUCGUUCAUUGUGGACCUCAUUUUUUGUGAAUAUCUGCCCUAAAUCUUUUACUGAUUGUGUCGUAUCAGUGCUG